CCGGGAUGACACACCGAGGCACCAUCAAGCAGAGCUACGGCGGCGUGGGCAGGAACCUCGGGGACGCCCUGGCACGUCUACACUGUCGCCCGUUCCUCAUCUCGGCUGUAGGGGAUGACAACUACGCCCGCGCCCUCACCAACCAUAACCCUCUGCUGGAGAGGCGGGGACUGAAGGUAGUGAAGGAUGCAUCAACAGCAGUGUACUGUGUGGUACUCGACCAACUGGGUGAAGCGCUUUUCGGCGUGGGUGACAUGACCAUCCACGACUACAUCACUCCUACCCAUGUACGACAGUUCGAGGGUGAGAUCAGCAAGUCCCCACUGGUGGUGGUGGACGGCAACCUGCCCCAACUCACCAUCAACUACAUCCUGGACCUGUGUGCCUCCUGCCAUGUCCCAGUAUGGUACGAACCAACAGAUAUCCAGAAGGUGACGAAGCCGUGGUUGGGUGGGCGAGGAGACAACGUUACAUUCACCUCACCUAACAUGAACGAACUUGGUGCUUUGUGUUCUCACCUUGGACUUGAAGUGCCAACAAUACCUGGAAAGUAUGAGGAUCUCCCCCAAAUGCUUCAGCAAGUUCUCACUACUGCCUCUCCACUCCUUCACACCAUGCAUGCCCUCAUGGUUACUCUUGGACCCUAUGGAUUCAUGAUUUUGCGCCGUGCAUCUCCUAAUACUAUGGAUGAUCCUUUAUUGCCUGUGACGGAUAUAUGCCCAAUAACAGUUACACAUGAUGAAGUUGUCGGUCUGCAUUUUCCUGGACCACAAAAUCCCAAAAUAAUAUCAGUGUCUGGGGCUGGGGACUGUUUGGCUGCUGGUUUUAUAGCAGGUAUGCUGAACAAAAAGAGUGUAAGCGAGUGUGGUGCUCUGGGACGGUCUGCUGCAAAACUGUCACUGGCUGCAUCACCAGCUGUUCCCCACACACUUUCACCAGAUGCACUUCCUUGGGGUCACCAUGAAGUUUUCACCACCAUAAAUCGAAGUUAACUAAUAAACAUAUUGUGAUGAAAUUUUCACACAAUAAUUAUUAUUUUUUUUCUACUCAAUCUUCAUAGUGGGAUAAAAUUAAAAUACUGUAAGAAAGGGGUUUUUGGUCAAAAUAUUUCAUAUGGGAGUACUUUUAGGCCUCUUUAAAAUUAAUCCACCAAUUUAGAGUGUCUUGUUACUUCCACUGAACAAAAUGCCUACUCAUGGUUUAAAUUUUUAAACAUAGUUUACAGAUACAGGUAGAGUAUCAACUUGCAACCCAUACAAGGUCUUAAUGUUUCGCAGAACUUUAUUGCUCUUUAUACAUAUUAAAUUACACAUUUCCAUAUCCCAUAUUUUAACUGUUCUUUGCAUAUUACAUAUGAGUAUGUGUGGACCAUAACAUCGUAGGCGCCAAAAAAGAAAAGUUGCAGAAAACAGUAAUCAUGUUUUGGAAAAUGGAACUCUAUCUUUUGAACUAAAUGUAAUGGUGCAAUAAUUUUUGUAACAAAUAUAAGCCUACACACUCAGGAUUAUGUUGCCAUAAUCAUAUAAUAAUAAUCUUGACAUGAUUAUUAGUAAUCACGGAAAUUAUCAUAGCCUUAGCAAUUUAGCGGCUCUUUCUAAAAGGCCAUUGACAUAAUCUUUUUUUCAUACACUGAUGAAAUUACUGCCUGAUUUUCUUUUUCAUGACCAACAAUGAGAACAUGUAUGCAACAUCUGCAACUUGAUGAAAUCAACAGUCCAACUUCAUAUGAGCAACAUGAUGAAAACAACGAUAAUUUUGAUGAUAUAAUCAGUCUUUUUAGCAAAUGGCGAGUGUUUAAAUUUGUUUUGAACACUCUCGAGCAAUUCCCGAUAAGUAUUGUAAUUAUUAAAUCAUUCCAAAUUAUUCUAGUGAAAUAUAGAAAUAAAGAAAAAUAUAUAUACUGUAUCAAGUUAUGAUUUGGCCUUUUACUCGUACUUUUUUUACCUGUGAUGCUUGGGAGGGCCUCUAGGUGUAAGAGGUGCAACCCUGUAAGAUUUUGGAGAGCCUUCAAGCAUCACAGCAGGAAUAUCAAAAAGGGGGCUCCAAGAAGUGGGUGGGGAAACAUGGGGAGCACAGUGAGCCCAUCCCAGCUGAUCAAUGUCAUGGGCAUUUUUAGUUAAUUUUGAGGCCAUGUGCAUUUGGUAUUAGGAGAUAUUCUGAGGUCAAUAGUAAUUACUUUUUACGAUACAAAAACAUCUGAGUACAAUACUGCAUUAAAGAAAAAGUAUUGAAAUUUUCUGAUGAAAAGUGGGGUCCAGUCCCCCAGGAAACCCCUCCCUGGAUCCGCUCCUGCACAGUUACAGAUGUGAGGUUUUCAAGGGCCUCCGAGUACAAGCGCUGACCUGUGAGGUUUUUGAGGACCUCAGACUGCCACAGGUAGACAGACAGACCUAUGAAGUUCUGGAGGGUCUCAGAAUACCUUUAAAAUAUUGAAGGCCUCCAAGCACUACACAGACAUAUGGGGUUUCCGAGAGCCUCCAAAUACCACAGGCGUGAACUUGUGAGAUUUUGGAGAGCCACUGAACACCAGAGGCAGGGACCUCUGAUGUUCAAUAUCGCCUCCGAAAGCCACAGGCACUGAUUUGGGAGGUUCAGAAUCCACUCUGAGCACUAUAGGUACAGACCUGGUAGGUUUGAAUGGGCCUCUAAGAACCACAGGCUUCGAGCUGUUAAACACAUGGUUGAAGAAGGGAAGGGAGGGUAGGAGGGGGGGUGGUAAUCAUCAAGCAG